AUGCCGUCGUCCCUUAGUCUCGCGCUUAUCGUCGCCGCGACGACCCGUCCGACCUCGACACCCCCGACGCCGAUCGUCGUGAUCUGUCUGUGAUUUCGAUGACGUUGUGCGGUGCGUACCGAUCUGCACGUCGUGUCGAUCGGCAAAAUGCGCGAUAACAGAUGACAGAUCGUCGGGAGGUAUCCGCGUUGAUUCCAUCGCUAAUUCGUCAUCGUAACUUUAACUUUCGAUGAUACGAUCGAUCAGUGGAAAAAUAUUUUUAUUUUUACAAUUUUUGCAUUCAAGCGUCUUUGACACACAUGCUCUAUCACGCGAUCACAAUUAAAAGUUUUAAUAAAAGGUAGAGCAGUCACGCAGAAAGAAAGACCGUAGAUGGUAUAGAGAUACUGGAUAUUUCAAAUAGAGUAUUGCGAUAAAUUCAAAUGAUUGAGGGGCUAUCGAAUACCUAUAAUUAAAACUUGUUCACACUUUCUAUCUCACAAAAUUCUUUCGAUUGUUGAAGAACCGUUCGCCAAUCAUCACUGGAGGCAUUUGAGAACGUUUGACAUUUCGUUCGAGUCUCAUCUCACCGGAGGCAAAUCUGCGAGAAUCCGUGAGAUCGUUGAGGCAUCGAAAGUCGGAAUCCUGGGUCGCGCAGACCAAGCGGGAAGGAAAAUUAUCGCGAUACUUGUCCAGAGAUUGGACUCGACGGUGCAAAAGGUGAAGCCGGAGGAAGACGAGGAACAAGAAAAAAGCGGCCAAGCGGUAGCGACGCCGGAAAAAGGGAUAGAAAAGCGCGCGGCGGUGAAGGAGAAACAGGGGGUUGGCGGGAAGUGAAGGCGCUGCCGCGGAGGAUUUCAAGCCGUGCCCCCGGCGAGAUAGGAGCCGCUUGUAUAGAUAUAUAUGCAGAGUAAAAUUGUGGCGACGUAGGAGUUCUCGCUACGAGUAUCUGGGUCAUACAGCCGUCCUCUCGACGUUGUAACCUGUUCUCCAUAAUUCUAUGAAAUUCUCUCGGUGCUGCAACAAAGUGGAGCAUCCAUUGACGACUUGAAGGACUUCUCGCUCUUAAGUUACUUGAGAAGCACGCCAAACUAGGACGAUAAAAAGCGAAAUGCAAUUAAUACGCUAAAUAUUGAAUAAGGGUACACGAACAAGAGGAAUACGAGAUAAGAGUAGCGGAACAGAUGCAUAAUCGCAUUUCGUGCUUGCGUAAUCGAAACGAGAAGAUUGAUUCGAGAUGGAAUAACAAUGCGCAUAUACGCGAAUAUGCGAAAUAUCGGUGUUGCUCGCGUAUUGCUCCGAAAUGAAACCGGAGCUUGCAAAACCAUCGAUGUAAUGUCACUUAAAUCGCGCGUUAAGUGAGCUAUAAAUAUAAAUCGCGUUUCCCUACGCCGGGAGAAUCCGUAAUGAUCCGUGCGAAUCAGUGAUUUGCGGCACGAUACUGGUCGCGUGCGCGAUAACGAGCUGUUACGUCGUUACGUGGUUACGUAAAAAGAAAUCCACUUGGGUUCCCCAUAGAGACAAUUUUCGAGGAAAGUCCAAGGGCUAUUAUCCGAGUCGUGUAGCGAGUGGUUCGCGCGCGCAAAACUCGCUACUACCCUUCAUCUAGGACACGGUCGGACUCGAUAAAUAAUGAACCCUCGCAGUCAUUUAUCAAGCUCACCGCGAGACGAACGAACGCUCGGGGUAUCGUCGAGGACGGUCUAAAUGGGAGAAUCCAACGCGAGGCACCGGCUAGCACCGCAAGAUACCGCGUUGUAUUGCCGCGAGGGUUACGCAGAAAUCAUGUCCCUCUGACUAUCCGAUCGAGAGCUUAACUCGAGAAAGGCCAAUCUGCCAUUCUUAUCGACGAAAUAAAAGAACCGUGAAAUGUGCGUCGCGAUCAAAGUGGUAGCGACCCUUAAACGUCGAGGAGACACGACAGGUCUUCUCGAUCGUGUCUAAAACUCUCUAUCCUCCCCCGAGCGUUCGUCUUAGAAAUGCGAGAAUCAGCUGAUUCCGAUCAGUGUAGCAACACCGGGCAGUGCGAUAAAAUUCCGCGCAGGAGAUAACGGCGACCGAAAACUCGCGACUUGAUGACAGUGAUCGCGCUUCGGGCUUCGCGAUUCAAACGAACGUGAGUGGUAUCGAGCAACGCCGAGGCAACAACAUGAGGCGACGAAACAACGGUACCUCCUGCUUCUGCCAGACGUCGGCGAAGAGAGGCUUGCGUGGGGGAUGCAACGGGACUGAGGCGAACGAGCCACCCGGAUGGUGCAUCUACGCGGCGGUUGCGCUCGUCGCGGUCGGUUGCUAUCUCAAUGCGCUCGACUGCGAUUUUGUGCACGACGAUAUACCGGCGGUGGUGAGGAACAGGGAUGUGAUCGGCGAGGCGUCGUGGAGCAGCGUGCUCAACGACGAUUUCUGGGGCACGCCGAUGGAGAGCAUCAACAGUCACAAGAGUUAUCGACCAUUCACCACUCUGACGUUUCGAUUGAAUUACUUGAUGGCAGGCUUGAGUCCUAUGUGGUAUCACGCCACAAACGUCGCCUUACACGCCGGUGCGUGCAUCUUGGUCACCAGAGUGAGCCUCGUGGUAGCUGCACUUCGGCCAGGAUUCGCGGCUCUCGCCGGAUUGUUAUUCGCCACGCAUCCUGUACACACGGAAGCGGUGACUGGCAUCGUAGGCAGAGCGGAUGUUCUGGCGUGCAUUUUCUUUUUACUAUCCUUCCUUGCCUAUCACGGCCAACAGACGGCUUACGUAUGGUCCAGUGUUUGUCUGGGUGCCCUGUCGAUGUUGGCGAAGGAAACUGGCGUUACUGUUCUGGCACUAAACCUUCUUUACGAUCUCUGUCGUUCCUGGCAUUCAAUCAAGAGGUCUAUUUUCGAAGCUAAAUGGAACGACGAUUCUAGAUAUUUCUCAAGACGUGCUGCAGCAUUGCUCGUUUCGUUUGGCAUACUUCUUGUGGUACGGCUCGCUCUGCUUCAUGGUACUUUGCCGAACUUCUCCGCACAGGAUAAUCCAGCUGCUUUUCAUCCCUGUUUCCACGUCAGAUUGCUGACUUUUUGCUACUUGGCGGCGUUGAAUUGUUGGUUACUUCUGUGUCCGGCUAUACUCUCGCAUGAUUGGCAAAUGGGAUCUGUUCCUUUGGUUACGUCUUUUACGGAUACCAGAAAUCUGGCCACCUGUAUAUUUUUCAGCGGUUGUCUGAUUCUCACGUACAAAGCCUUCACGGAUUUCGAGCAACAGAGGCAUCCACCUCUCGUUCUUGGCUGGAUGUUUCUGGUAUUGCCGUUCCUACCUGCGUCCAAUCUCUUCGUUACCGUGGGUUUCGUUGUGGCGGAACGAGUUUUAUAUACACCGAGCGUCGGAUGGAUUAUUUUAAUCGUCUACGGUAUGCAAGUGAGCUGGGCUGCUGUGCCUCGACGAAGAAGCUGGAUCACUACAGGCGUAGUUUUCCUGCUCGUUCUAGGAUGUUUCAAAACGGUUCUUCGGAAUAAAGAUUGGACAUCUAGAGAAACUUUAAUCAAAGCGGGGUUGCGGUCUCUGCCCUACAAUGCCAAGAUGCAUUACAACUUUGCUAACUUCCUCAAAGACACAUCGCAACCGAAUCUUGCGGUCCACCAUUACCAGUUGGCUCUCUGGCUUUGGCCAGGUUACGCCAGUGCGCAUAAUAAUCUCGGAACUCUUACGAUAGAUGAUCAAGCGGAAUAUCAUUUUCUAGCAGCUAUUAAUGCUCAACCUGGUCAUGUAAAUGCACAUUAUAAUCUUGGACGAUUGUACAGAAGAACAAAUCGGACCGAACAGUGCAUCGAGAUGCUGAGGCGAUGCGUGUCGCUGGAUCCCGCGUAUGCACCGGCAUACAGGGUCCUGGCGAGGAUCGCCACCGGUUCUGCAACCGGCGAACUCUUGAGACACGUAAUUCAUCUUCAGCCGCGAAACCCGGACGCUCUCACUGAGUAUGCUUACUGGUUGUACAAGAACGGUAAAUGGCUGCCCUCGCUCCGGUACUAUUUCAAAGCCAUGGAGAUUUUCCCGUCGCAUAAACCGUCGCUUAUCGGUACACUCAGGAUUCUGAGGUCGCGCGGUCAGUGGUCCAGGGUACACCAGCUCAUCAUCAGAUGGCAUUUAAUGUUACGAGCGAGACGAGGAGGCUUCAUCUAUCGCGGGGAUUUAUACAUUCGUGCGUGGGAGCUACAAAGCGAGUCUCGUCAAAGGGCUCAUCAACAUCAACGGAAUCUCUGUAUAUCGGAGAAUGGAUGUUCGAGGCCGCGCGUAGCCAGUGUGUCGGUGCAACUCGAACAAGACAGCAACAAGUCGGAGCAGCUGCAGCGGGCGCCGCGUUGCAACGUGCGCGCUUGCAGGCAGCCGAGAAAAGGAAAAGCGCGGGUGACCGCGCCGACCCUGCUCGUGCAGAAUUUCUUGGAGACACUUUAGUCGACGCCAAUCGGGGAAACGGCCCUGUCCCCAGCACGUUCGCCAGAUGAAAACGGGCCGUGGAAGAGAGGAGUGCAUUUUUAAUUCGCAUAUAGCAGCCUCGUCCGACGAUCGUCAGCGACGAAGAGAAUCCUAUUAUAGCGGAAUGCCUGAAUAUUUUUCGUAUGCCGUGUUUGUGUGUUAACUGGGGACCGCAAGCUCUCGACCUGUCGCGGAUCAUUCGUGAUAUCGAAAUGGAAGGUAUGCAUGUAUCAUUGUUAUCGUUUAUAUAUGUAUUCCCCUUCGUGGCAUCCUGGUUAUACUGUCGAUCGGACAGUGACGACGCAAAGAUUCGCGAUCUCUCCGAAAAUAACGUCGCUGAUGGAAAACAAAGAGAGAGGACAAAAAUAAAUGCCUGCCCUGUAGAUAACCUUGUGGCUUCGAACAUAAAAAAACGUUCUAAAAUUGAACACGUUAAAUCGUUCAGGCCAGGACAAAUGACAAUGUGUGCAAUGGUGAGAAUUGAAUACUAGCAUUAAACACCUUGAAAAUUAUUUUGCCACUUUAAAAUUUAUCAUAAGGAUACUUAACGAGAGAGGACCAAGGGAGAUUCGAGCGAAUAACUGUGCGAUGAACGAUUAUGCAAAGUUUCUCUCGCGUGUCGAUUUGCGCAUAAUCGAAAUAUGAUAUAAAAUCAUGUGCGUCCAGCAUGUGUCUGUUACACUUUCGAAACGCGAUAAUUGUAAUUGGUAACAUAGUUACAUGUAGUAUGACGUAUUUCUAUAAAUAUUUGCUGUAUCUCGUGUGUGCUUUCAACGUUUUCAUGAUGUCUGUUUCGAUGAAAUGAUAAAGCUGCCGUUAUGCAUAUACAUCUGAAAAACGCAGCCUUUCAUUAAACAAUGUCAGAAUAAAAAAUGCAGAUUAUAUUUGUGAAAAAUAUUUUGAAAGAUUUUCGAUGAGUAAUUUAACAACAUAGUAUAUAGUUGUCAAGACAAAUAUUUAAUAUAUAAACUAAUAUUGUUAAAUUUUAAAAAUAAAUGAAUUUUCUUGGCAAGAAAAAUUUUUUGCUAAAAAUCUUACAUUAAAAAACGUACAUCAUUUUUAUUUUCAAUAAAUAUGCUAAAUCACACAUUUAUCGAGAUAUGCAUUAUAUUUUUUCUGCCGCUUAUGUCAAUGAUGAAAACUGUACGCAAAAAAAAACGAGAAAUUAUGGCGCCGAAUUUUAUUUUAUCGUCAUGAUAAUGACACUGUAGCGCAGUACUCUAGAUGAAUACAUAUAUAUAUAUAAAUAUAUACUUUUAAGAAUCUUUCUCGGAUCAUUCUUUGUGUGCCUCUCUCGUAGACACGCAAUUUUAAGCACGUAAAUACACGGUGCCAAUAUUAGAGUAAUGAAUGUACCACUAAUCUGCGGUUUGGUAUGGCUUUUGUAUAUGAAAAAUAAAAACAGAAACAAUUUUCUUUCAAA